AUGGCUUCGAAAGGGUCUCAGAUACUCCAGUACUUGCACGAUGACAGCCUAUAUGACAACAACAUACUCCUCUACAUAGUCGUCAUCUUUCUAGCCUUAACAGUUUUAAUAUACACUUGCUGCUCCAUCCCUUCAAACUUAUCCUCUGCCCCCAACACCACCAACUCCUCCUCCUUAUCACAGAACUCGUCAUCGGCUCAGACACAGGGCCUUGAUGUUGCCACGAUCAACAGCCUUCCGAUCACAAUUUACCAUCAAAAUCUAACAGUUUUGAAUUCUCCAGAGACAAAUGAGACGUCAGAAUGUAGUAUAUGUCUUGGAGCUUUUGAAGAAGGAGAGAAGGUAAAGGUGUUGCAUAGUUGUCGCCAUUGUUAUCAUUGUGAGUGUGUUGAUAAGUGGUUAAUCACACAUUCCACUUGCCCUAUUUGCAGAACUUAUGUACGUAUUGAGUCAUCUGUUUGA